ACAGGCAACGGCAUUACAUUGUCAAAGUUAACGAAUGUGGUUUUAUUGUAGGGAUCGGUUAUGACGUUUGGCUCUCUCACUCGCACGCGCGCACACACGCGCGCUGUAGUCUCACUGCCCACGGCAUGGACGUGCGCACAUUAUAAGGAAUCAGUGCGCUCGGAGUGGCGCAGAAGGCUGCUUCGUCAUGCACUAGGUAGUGUGUGAUGUAAUUUCGCUGCAGAUAUAAAUAUCGUCGGCAAGGGAAAAGUAGCAUGGCUGAGCGGGGCUAGAAUUCACGGUCAACAUUUUCCAACUUUUGUGUGAAAGCAAAACAGCUUGAGCGCCAGUCUGAAGUACAGUGUCUUGAGAGGAAACCCACAGAGCGCGACUUCAUGCCGCUCACUGGGGUUGACCGUAGCUCUGUCCUUGAGUAAGCUGUUUGGUGCGUCUUUUUGGCUGCCGACACAAAUAUAGAGAAAGACGGUAGUUUGGUGUCUUCAACGCCUUCAGACACUCACGUACCGCUCAGAAGGAUGAGUGUCCAAUCGGCCCUCUUACCAAUACUGGUCUUAGGACUUAUGACAAGCUCAGUGCGCUGCGCUCCGCUGCCCGGUGGGCAGAGCGGCCCCGUGGAGCGACGCUGGGAGACACUCUACUCGCGCUCUCUGGCCCGAAUCCCCGGGGAAAAAAGAGAUAUCAGCCGGGACAGUGAUUAUCUCACGGGCAUUAAAAGACUGCGACGUCUCUACUGCAAUGUUGGCAUUGGGUUUCAUCUCCAAGUAUUACCGGACGGUAGAAUUACCGGCGUGCACAACGAAAACCGCUACAGUCUUCUUGAGAUAUCUCCGGUGGAGAGGGGAGUUGUGACACUGUUUGGCGUCCGGAGCGGGCUAUUCGUGGCCAUGAACAGCAAAGGGAAGCUUUACGGAUCUGAGCAGUUCACAAAUGAAUGCAAGUUCAGAGAAAACCUCCUUGCAAAUAAUUACAAUGCGUACGAAUCGCUGGCACAUCCUGGGAUGUACAUCGCACUAAGCAAGACUGGCAAAACAAAAAAAGGAAAUCGAGUAUCAACAUCCAUGACGAUGACACAUUUCUUGCCUAGAAUUUGAGCUCAUCUGGAGGAGGAACGACGAUGCACUUUCUACAGAAGUUACAUGUGAGGUUAAGUGUAUCGUGUCAUGUAUGUAUAUAUUAGACUAUUUAUAAUUGUUGAUUUUAUAUUGCAUCACAACGUCCUCUUUCCGAGGUGGAAGACAACAAUUAAUUUAUUUGUUAUUUGUUAAUUUAUCCUCAUUGCUGCUACCACGUGUUCAUAUAUACAAGUGAAAUUCCUACAAUGUACAUUUUUUUUGCACUGUUUGUGUUGUUCUAAAGCGAUGGUUUUGUAGAGGUAGUCAGGGUGGACGCCAUCUUUAUUUUCUCGCAAAAGAAAACGAGGGUUCUAAUAUUGUUCAGUCAUUGGGCAAGUUUUGUCUGGUUAAACGAUAGACAGCGAGACUCAACAUCCCUCGCAGCCUCGUUUUCAAAAAAUCAAAAUGGCGUCUACGCUGUACUUCGUUGGAAAGAAUACAAGUCUUAGGUCAAGCCUCCAAUCGUUAAGGUGUAUCAACCCCCAUAGUAUUAGCACUGGAGCAAUUGUCCAAUGUCUGAGCUCCUUUGUGCGGAGCUCGGAUCUAACUGAAGCAGUAUCGGCUUACUCUAGCUUACUGAAGUUCUACCCCUUCAAAUCUGUUUUUAGCUCUGCCGGGGGGUUGAACUUUGAACUUAUCCGCAGUCAAUCUUUGUCACAUCUCUAAGGCUCUGGAUAGAGAGAAGUAGCUUCUUUAACAUGCAGACACGAAUUUCAAAAUUCAAAAGCAUUGCAGUGCAGAUACUGUACCCUGUGUCCCUUUAAAGAGACAUACUCUACAAUGCCAAGUUCAUGUCAGGCUUUGCUGUGGUUUAGGGAGGAUAUAUAGGUGUCUGGGGGGAAUCAGUCAUGUAAAAGAUCAGUAUUUUUCUAUGGUGGUAACACAGAAAGAAAGAAAUGACAGUGUUGUAAGAGUUAUUGUAAAAACAAAAAUGUCACAACUUCCAUAGUGAGUUACGAGGAGGCAUACUGCCCACUUUUUUUUUUUUUUUGUCGUUUUCUACCUCAUGCAGUUUCCUACUUUGAAAAUCAGCUAAAACAGAAUGUUUAGUACUAAGUUGCUCUUCUGAGUCUUCUGCCACUCUGUGAAGCUCUGGUGGCCAUUGCGUCCUAGUUGCGCCUUGUCACGUUUGAGCUAUCUUUACCCUGUGAUUUACUUUUAGAAAGGAUAAUCAUGUUGGAAAUAUUUGCAGACAGCUGUUAGACUAUACUAUAUGCUCAACCAGUAACCCUAUAUUUUUCUUUAUAUAUUUUGUAAACAUAAUAUGGUGGAAAACUAAGAAGCUGCUUUAAACCUGGUAUAUGAUGUUAGUAAAAUAAACAUUAAGGCAUGAUACAUUCAUGCAGGUAUAAACAUGCUUUCCAUCUUAAAUCUUUACAUAUUUAAAAACAUAUUUUGAGAUUAUAAUUACCUUCAAAAAAGCAUUCCUUAUUGUUAUCAUAAUGGCUAUACAGGUGCAUUUAAUUGCAAGAAUCUACCUGAGUGUAAAGCUGAACUGUAAAUGGAUGGAUAGUCUUUUGGGCUUCAUGUUUGGAAAAUUAAAGGAAAAUUUUGAAGCUUAAACUGACCGAUUGACCUCAAAAGCAUGAACACAUUCGCAUUGUUUUAUUUUAUUUAGUGUCAUCUCAAAUCCGUUGUAUUUCAGUUGUUGCAUGUCCAAAUUUGUUUCUUAACGUGCCCUGCCUGGAUGUGCACAUCAAUUAGUUUCACUUGAGCUACCUGAGUUAAUGCAGGAGGAGGGAAGCGUUGCCUGUGUUUCUCUUUUUCACAGCUGUGACAAACCUCUUUCCAAAUGGACAUGAUUUGCAUCAGUGUGGAUGUUGUUUACUAUAGACCGAAUGGCCACUGAAGGCAAAUUGUUCCUCUGACCCUCAUCACAAUGUAGAACUGACACAAAUCACUGGACUUGAUUUGUUUAACCAAAAAAAAUGCAAUAUCAACAGACAGAACAUCCUAGUCUUUCACGCAAACUGCCAAUCCAACACAACAAUGUUCUAAAUCUUGCCGUUUGCGCUUAUGAACAGGGAUGUAUGCGGUGUAUUGAAAUAAACUAUAUACCAUUUCUCUGUCAAUUCCCAUAUGGCUUAUCCAUGAACCGCCAGUUGCGUUUGCAUCCAUGCCAGAGCUCUAUAGUAACUGGGCUGACGUCUGAGUCCUGUAGUAGUGCGCUCUGAAUCCUGUUUUACCAAAUAUUGUCUGUAGUUUUAUACAGGUCCUGUUAAAUAUUGUGCUGUAUGUGCUGUGCACAUGAUGAUACCCUAACUUAAAUGGAAGUUAAUAAAUAUGUAAAUCAUA